UUCUUGCUAUGAAUUGAAUCAAUUAUCACCACAAAUCUAGAAUAGAAUCUGACAAGCAGGUCUGUGGUUUCUUACAGAUGGGUCUCUACUCAGGGAGCAGCUGUCGUAGAUGAUCAAACUAUGCUCUAACUCGACUAACCUAGUCUGCUGUGUCGUCAUCACCAUUAGCUUAUGAAGUUUAUUGUACAAACGUUUGGCCUACUUAUGGUUUAGCAUUUUUGUUUUCGGAACUGCGAAGCCGGACCUCCUUGCACGAGAUCGUGAUAUUGUACUGCUUGGACACGCCUCUCUGACAGGCCAUCAUACUCUAUGGGUGUGAGUGAUUGCGCAGGCGUGGUCGAACAGACAAUGGCUGCUAGAGAUCUAGCUACUUUGUUGCUGUUUGAUGUCGACGGAACAAUAACAGAGGCUCGCCAAGUCAUUUCUCCUGAAAUGAAACAUUUUAUGGCGAAAGUGCGUGAGAGGUAUGUUGUUGGUCUAGUAGGAGGAUCCGAUCUCGACAAGGUGCAAGAGCAAAUGGGAGGAGAUAAUGUGACUCAUUUGUACGACUACGUCUUCGCUGAAAAUGGACUUGUGGCUUACAAAGAUGGUGAGGUCUUGGAAAUUCAGAGUAUUAAGAAAUUCAUAGGUGAAGAGAAGCUUAAGAAGUUUAUAAAUUUUUGUUUGCAUUACAUUGCUGAUCUUGAUAUUCCAAUAAAACGUGGAACGUUCAUCGAGUUUCGAAAUGGAAUGAUCAAUGUCUCACCCAUUGGUAGGAAUUGUUCUCGCGAAGAGAGACUCCAAUUUUAUGAAUACGACAAGGAAGCAAAAGUUAGACAGAAGUUUGUUGAAACUGUUGAAGCAAAGUUCUCUGACUUUGGGCUUAAAUUCUCUAUUGGAGGACAGAUAAGUUUUGACGUCUUUCCUCAAGGUUGGGACAAAACUUAUUGCUUGAAGCAUGUGGAAUUGGCAGGCUUCAAGGCCAUCCACUUCUUUGGUGACAAGACUUUUGAGGGAGGAAAUGAUUAUGAAAUCUAUAACGACACACGUACGAUUGGUCACACUGUCAAGAAUACGGAAGAUACGAAACGAAUGGUGACUGAACUGUUCUUACAGUAAUGAGUAUCAUAGUUGUGAGAAUGCAGCAAACAUAUACUUGCUACAUCAUUUUUGUAUGAAAGGUUGUAUGGUAAGGUUUGCAGGUUUUGCCGUACUGUUCAACAGAACAGCAGUAUGAGUGCAAGUUGUACUUUAAAUCUGUUAUUUUGGCUGUUUGUGCCUAUAAUUGGUCAACUGAAACCUAGAAAAA